AUGUCCGGUGGUAAAGGUGGUAAAGCUGGUUCAGCUGCUAAAGCUUCUCAAUCUAGAUCUGCUAAGGCUGGUUUAACAUUCCCAGUCGGUAGAGUGCACAGAUUGCUAAGAAGAGGUAACUACGCCCAAAGAAUCGGUUCUGGUGCCCCAGUCUACUUAACUGCUGUUUUAGAAUAUUUGGCCGCUGAAAUCUUAGAAUUGGCUGGUAAUGCCGCCAGAGAUAACAAAAAGACCAGAAUUAUCCCAAGACAUUUGCAAUUAGCCAUCAGAAACGAUGACGAACUAAACAAAUUAUUGGGUAAUGUUACCAUUGCGCAAGGUGGUGUUUUGCCAAACAUUCACCAGAACUUGCUGCCAAAAAAGUCUGCUAAGGCUACCAAGGCUUCCCAAGAAUUAUAA